GUAAAAAUUCAGAGAGACACUUGGCGCUGCUGCUUCCGGCUUCACUGCGCUGUUCCUUCUCUCUAAUAUCUCGGGCUUCACUGUGCUGAAGAUGCAACAUGGAUGAUCCGUUUUUCGUCGUUAAAGCUGAGGUGCAGAAAGCAUUGCAGAGGGGGCAGGGCCUUUGUGAGAGAUGGGAGGAGCUUAUACAGGAAGAAGAACCUGUGAGCCGAGAUGAACUCGAAUGGAGCAAAAAUGAACUUCGCAACUGUUUACGGGCUAUCGAGUGGGACUUGGAGGAUCUACAGGAGACAAUCAGUAUUGUACAGUCGAACCCUGGUAAAUUCCGUCUGUGUGACAAUGAACUGCAGGAGAGAAGAGAGUUUGUGGAGCAAACACGCACUGCUGUACAGGAGAUGAAGCAGCAGCUCUCCAGUCCCUCUGCUGUUGCUCAGGCUGAGAAGAAGAACAGACAGGCUUUGUUGGACACGCAGCAGUAUGCAGGUUUGGAUUCUCACCUGGUAUCAGCAAAUUCGAGGUACAUUCAGGAUCAGCAGGAGCAGCAGCAGCUGAUAGUUCAGGAGCAGGAUGAGCAGUUGGAGCUGGUUUCUGGAAGUAUCCGUGUUCUGAAAGACAUGAGUGCCAGGAUUGGUGAUGAACUGGAUGAGCAGGCUGUUAUGCUGGGGGAGUUCAGUGAUGAGAUGGAGCAGUCAAGUUCCAGAAUGGAUUCCGUGCUCAGGAAACUGGAGAAAGUUUCACACAUGACCAGCAGUCGGAGACAGUGGUGCGCUAUAGGUGCUCUCCUCAUCAUCCUCAUCGUCAUCCUCAUCCUCUUCUUUACUGUGUGAGAUACAGAUCUGUCUUGCUGAGCAACAGGGAGACAGAGCGAAAGAGAGACAAAAGUGUCCUCCUCCACCCAGCAGACUGUCUCUUUCUCUCUCUCUCUCUCUCUCUCUCUCUCUCUCAUCUUUCUGUCUCUCUCUCUCUCUCUCUCUCAUCUUUCUGUCUCUCUCUCUCUCUCUCUCUCUCUCUCUCUCUCUCUCCCUCGCUCUCAUCUUCCUCUCUCUCUCUCUCUCUCUCUCUCUCUCUCUCUCUCUCUCUCUCUCUCUCUGCCUCCCUCUCUGUAUGCCUGUGUAUGAUUGAGAUAGUUUUUAGUGUUAAUAUUUUUACACUGCAGUGGUGAUGAAACCGAACAGUUACUGAACUAAGAGUUCUGAAUUAAACUUUUAUAUUAAAAUGGCAUUUAAAUCUUUUUUA